UCGGGCCCGGCCGGCGGAGCGCGGUCCCGUUCUUCCCGUGAGUGUCUGACGGCGGCUCGUUCUCCCUCCCCUCAGCGCCAAGUGACGAUGGCGGCGGCGCCCUGCGGCCGCUCUACAUGGACGUGCAGGCCACCACCCCGCUGGAUCCCCGCGUCCUGGACAGCAUGCUCCCGUACCUGAUGGCCUGCUACGGCAACCCCCACUCCAGGACCCAUGCCUAUGGCUGGGAGAGCGAGGCUGCGGUGGAGAAGGCCAGGCGGCAAGUUGCAGAUUUAAUAGGAGCUGAUUCAAGGGAAAUUAUAUUCACCAGUGGUGCAACAGAAUCAAAUAAUAUGGCAAUUAAGGGUGUUGCAAGGUUCUAUAAAUCCAGAAAAAAGCAUAUCAUUACUACGCAAACAGAGCACAAGUGUGUGUUGGAUUCUUGCCGUUCCUUGGAGACAGAAGGUUUUCAGGUCACAUAUCUACCUGUUAAAAAAAAUGGGCUCAUAGAUUUGAAGGAGUUGGAGGGUGCGUUCCAACCAGAUACAAGUUUGGUUUCUGUAAUGACUGUGAAUAACGAAAUAGGAGUAAAGCAGCCAAUUCAUGACAUUGGUGAGAUCUGCCGUGCGCAUAAGGUUUUCUUCCACACAGAUGCUGCACAAGCAAUUGGUAAAAUUCCUAUGGACGUCAAUGGCAUGAAAAUUGAUCUAAUGAGCAUCAGUGGCCAUAAAAUUUAUGGUCCCAAAGGGGUUGGUGCUAUCUAUGUUCGCCGUCGACCACGCGUCAGGCUGGAACCCCUGCAGAGUGGGGGAGGCCAGGAGAGAGGCCUGCGGUCUGGGACUGUGCCCACUCCUUUAGCAGUAGGCCUUGGGGCAGCAUGUGAAGUGUCACAGCAGGAGAUGGAGUAUGACCAUAAGCGAAUCUCACAACUGGCAGAACGACUGGUUACAAAAAUAAUGAGUGAAGUUCCUGAUGUGGUUAUGAAUGGAGAUAGAGAGCAUCGCUAUCCAGGAUGCAUCAAUUUAUCUUUUGCAUAUGUGGAAGGGGAGAGUCUUCUGAUGGCUCUGAAAGACGUGGCUCUUUCUUCAGGAAGUGCUUGCACAUCAGCUUCUCUGGAGCCCUCCUAUGUUUUGCGGGCAAUUGGGACAGAUGAGGACUUGGCUCACUCAUCUAUAAGAUUUGGUAUUGGUCGUUUCACUACAGAAGAAGAAGUGGAUUAUACAGUGCAGAAGUGCAUACAGCAUGUUAAGAGGCUGAGGGAAAUGAGCCCUCUCUGGGAAAUGGUGCAGGAUGGAAUUGACCUCAAAAGCAUUAAAUGGACUCAGCACUGAGAAAACAUCGCUAUCCAUGGACUAGAUGUGGAUGAAAAUGCAUUUUCUGUACAUUCCUGAACAAAUUAUUCAGCACUUCUGGUUUUUGACGCUUGCAAUUUCACUGAAAGACUACCCUUUCUGAUCACGAAGUCUAAGACACCAAAAAUUAAACUAGUCUUUAUGCUGGAGAAAGGCAGGAUAAUAUAACACCCGUUACAUUUAUAUUGACGUGCAGAAUUUUAUGCUAAAAUGUAAUUUAUUUGGAAAUGUAUUUUCUAAUAAGUGUGUUACUCCUGGGCUAGUGGAAUUCUGGUAAGAGGUUGUUGCUUCUCAGUGUAAAGUAUCCUAUGUAGCUGUUGUGUUUGCAGCACAAACCUAUUGCCAGGCCUCCUGUUCUUUCUGAUUGAGGCGGGCAUCCUGUAAGAGCAGCUGGUUUUGUGCUGCUCAAAUGCAUUGUACUGCGAGAAAUUCUCAGAUAGGAAGAAGCUUUGUGGAACGGAUGCCUCAGUGUGGCCAUGUGCCUUCACAGUUAAGUUGUAUGUGCCAUUAAGAACAUUUUUUUUUUUCUGAAACAGAGUAUUUUUGUCUCCUUCUGUUGAUUUUAUCUUUUUUUGGGUGAUGCUUGUGCAGACCAGUGUGCAUUAAUUCAAAAUAUCCUUCUGUGUUAGUUCAUGAUUCAAUGAUGAUGCACUUUGCUGUCCCCUCCACUGUGUUUUUCUCGUGCUUUUUUUUUUUUUUAAGUGAGGAAAGAAAACUUGAAUGACUGAGGGAGGGGUUUAGGCAGAGUAUGUCAGCUUCAGUUGCAGUACUAGUUUUGCUGCAACAUGAGUGGUGGAGGUAGUAGUGAGAGCAGAUACAGUGCAAUGUCUUAAUGCAGUCUGGGUUCUUUGUUGGUUUGGGGUUUUUUUUCUCUCCUUGUGAUGAGUCCUUUGCUGUUACUCAGAGUUUGCCUAUCGAUUGUUGGUUUCUGUUACUUUAGGGAGUCUUACCCAGCUGAGCCUCAAAUGUUUUGUGUGGAAAUAAGAACCUGCUGCUCUGGAGUUUCCUCUGUGUGACAGACUACUUCUGUCAGACUAGAGAGUUACAUGAGAAUCUGUUCCCUGCAAAUGCUGGGGGGAGGUGUCUGUUAAAAAGGGUUUGAUGACUUUAACUCCUAGCAGUGUUUCUCCUUUCUUACCUUUGUUAAUCUUUCCAGUAGAAAACUUAACCCUGUAUUAUGAAGUGCCUUUGUUUCUGUUGCAUAAGCAGACAGCUCUCAAAUUAGAUUUGUUGAUUGAUGGAGGCUGUAUUAGCUGCUAUAGACAGUAUGUCUUCAGUUCUGGAUGGUACCUACCUCACGGUGAACCAUGUAAUAUGACAGUUGAAGCUAAAUCUCACAAGGUGGAUCGUGUUACAGAAUCUUGUGCUUUUUUUGCUACCGAGGACAGAUUUGAUUGUUUGUAAUGCGAAGCUAAUCCUCAGUUGUUCCGUUUGAAAUUAUUAGCUUUAGCAGUUUUAAUGUUGUAG